AUGCCAAACACGCGUCCCGGGCUUACCUUACCUACUCGACCAAAGUGCCCUGCCUAUCACGACGCUACAGGUCCCCUGCUGUGCCUCAACCCGCGCUGUCCUUCACUUCACGUUGUGCUUCCUCGAAUGGGAGCGGGAGGGGGAGAGGCUGCUGCCAACCUGGCCAAUGAGGGUUCGAGAAGAACGAUCAAGGGCCCGCCUUACCGAGACGGACAAGCAGGAUCCUGGGAAAAGCACGAGGGAAAGAGACAAGACGGGACGGGAGCCAGGCCAGCGAGCUUACCUAAGGGACCAGCAAACCUGAGGGAGGUCCCAACUCCGUCCCCUUCCUCCAAUCCUUCACCUGCAGCCAUUGACCACCACCACGAAAACGACUACGAGGUUGAUAGACGCCUGUUUGCCAUACCUUAUUCAAGGACAUCUAUACACCCUCCCUUCAACGGUCACCGUGACGCUUGCAGGGGAUUCAACACUGGUCGCCAACCAGCAAAGGUUGACCCUGAAGAAAGAGCGCGAGAGAGAGGCAUUUACAGAGACGGUCUGAUACACCCGCCGAGAGAUCGCCUAGGCGACAUUGGUCUUUCGGGGGCCUUCCCUCAUCAGGCGAUCCUCCUCCUCCUCAUGCCCCCUCUCCCCUCCCGAGUCCCCUCCCGUCCCGACUGUCCAGCAGCAUCAGCGCACACGACGCGAGAAAAAUAUCCGGCGAAUGGUCGUUCACAUCCCACACAUUUCUACCCGCCGACUGAUUCUUCUCAUCUCAUCUCACCAGUGAGCUCCUCGAGUCGCGACCUCUUACUUGAAUUCUUUAACGCGACAACCGGCCCAACAACUGUCAGCGCCAGCGCCAGCGCCAGCGCCAACGACCGACCUCGUCGACACACGGCUGCGCCUGUUGCCAGACGAGACGAACGUCGCCCCCGCCCCCGCCCCGCCGCGCGCCCCCCCCGCCCGCCCCCUCGCCACGCCGCCGCGCGGCGCCCGGGCCGCGACCCACCCCCCCCCCCCCCCCCCCCCCCCCCCCCCCCCCCCCCCCCCCUUGCUCCAAACCUGCGACUCCUGGAUUGUGGAUUACUGCAACUCAACAGCCUGUCGCUUCCCUCCCAUCUAGCUACGCUCUCUUCUGCUUUCUUCACGACUUCUCACGAUUGA